CCCGCCUCCAGAAUGAUGUCACCAAAAGACAAACCUAAGAAGAAGCCCCCUAAAGACAGCAUGACCUUGCUGCCGUGCUUCUACUUUGUUGAGCUGCCCAUCGUGGCCUCGUCUAUGAUCUCGCUGUACUUCCUGGAGCUGACCGACCUCCUGCAGCCGGCCAGGGUGGGCUUCCGCUGCCACGACCGGGCGCUCAGCAUGCCGUACAUCGAGACGGGCGACGAGCUCAUCCCCCUGCUCAUGCUGCUGAGCCUGGCCUUCGCCGGACCAGCUGCCUCCAUUAUGAUCGGCGAGGCUCUGAUGUACUGCAUGCAGUCCCAUCUGAAGCAGCGGCGCAGUUGCGAGGGCAGCAUCAACGCCGGCGGCUGCAACUUCAACUCCUUUCUGCGCAGGACCGUCCGCUUCGUCGGAGUGCAUGUGUUCGGGCUCUGUGCCACGGCCCUGGUGACCGACGUCAUCCAGCUGGCCACGGGCUACCACACGCCCUUCUUCCUGACCGUGUGCAAGCCCAACUACACGUCCCCGGGCGUGGCCUGCGAGAAGAACCCCUACAUCACCCAGGACAUCUGCGCGGGGAGAGACCAGUACGCCAUCUUGUCUGCCAGGAAGACGUUCCCGUCUCAACACGCCACCCUCUCCGGCUUCGCAGCUGUCUACAUAUCGAUGUACUUCAACUCCACCAUCUCGGACAGCACCAAGCUGCUCAAGCCCCUGCUGGUGUUUGCGUUCGCCAUCGCCGGAGCCCUGGCCAGCCUGACCCAGAUCACCCAGUACCGCAGCCACCCCAUCGACGUCUACGUGGGCUUCGUCAUCGGAGCCGGCAUCGCCGUCUACCUGGCGCUGUACGCCGUGAGCAACUUCAAGUCCACGGAGGACGCCCCCCCUCGCCCCGCCAAGCACGCCCAGACGGCGCAGAAGGACGCCCUGCGGGCGCUGACCCAGCGCGGGCACGACUCGGUCUACCAGAAGGCCAGCGCCUCGGAGAGCAACGACGAGCUGGCCGGCCCGCCGCACGUGGCCGGCCUGAACCGCAAGGUGCGGCGCGAGAAGGCCUCCAUGGGCAGCCUGAAGCGCGCCAGCGCCGACGUGGAGCUGCUGGCGCCCCGCAGCCCCAUGGGCAAGGAGACCAUGGUGACCUUCAGCAACACGCUGCCGCGCGCCUUCACCAACACGGCCGAGGACACCACCCAGCGCCACAUGACCUUCCACGUGCCCAUGGACCCGCAGCGCUCCAAGCAGCUGGUGUCCGAGUGGCGGCAGAAGUCCAUCGAGAUGCGGAGCCUGAGCCUGAAGGACGACGAGCUGGACGGCGCGGUCACUGCGGCUGCCACCACCGCCGUCACGGAGGGAGCCGCAGGGGGAGAGGCCGACACCGCCGAGGAGCUCGGGGCCUCCUCCCACUCCACCCUCUACCCCACCGUGCAGGCGGCUAGCCGGGCCGGUGUCCAGCCGGGUCCGGCGGGGGCGCGUGUGGUCCUCCCUCCGCGGCCGCCCGGCGCCCCCCCGCUGGUGCACAUCCCCGAGGAGGCCUUGCGCCCGCCGCCCGUCUCCCCGAAGAGCGCCACCACGCGCGCCAAGUGGCUCUCCAUGAGCGUGGACAAGGCCGCCGUGCCCGUGCCCGCGCCCGAGCCCCCCCGCCUGCCCGCGCCGGCCCAGCCGCGCGUGGCGCAGGUCAUGGCCAUGUCCAAGCAGCUCGGCCCGCCGACCGUCACCUCCAAGGGCUCGGACGCGGGCGGCGGCGGAGGAGCGGGCAGCGUUGGCGGCGGGGGCUCGUCCUGCGCCACCUCCUCCACGGGCUCCGAGUCGCCGUACUACCGCAUCCCCUCCGACCGCGACAGCGGCAGCAUCGUCACCAUCGACGCCCACGCGCCGCACCACCCCGUGGUGCGCCUGUCCUCGGGCAACGGCAACCCCUGGGACUGGAUGAGCGCCACCAACGGAGGGGGCACCUCCGAGGCGCAAGAGGCUGGCGGCGGUGGCAUCGGCGGGGGCGGUGGCAUCCUGGACGGCACCAAGUCGCUCCACCGGCAGGACAGCAUCAGCAUGCGCGACUACCACCACCGGCCCGCCAAGGCCGACUCCGUGGGCUCCUCGGCCAGCGACUCCAGCCGCGAGCUGCCCCUGCCGCCGCCGCCGCACCCGGACCUGCUGCUGGACAGCGGCCACGCCCACGCCCACGCCCACGCCCACGCGCGCACCCACAGCCUGAGCCGCCACUCCCCGCUCCACCGCAAGCCCUCCAUGUCCGCCCGCGACUGGGACCCGCUGGUGCAGCCGCCGCAGCUGGAGCCCGACCACUUUUUUAAGAACUUACAGACCGACAGCUUAAGCCGACGGUACAAAGACUGACCGCCACUUGGACUAGAGGCACUGGCCUCGCGGGCGGCUGUAUGGUGUAGGACGUUGCUGUAGUGUUUAGCCUGCGAGGACGACGUUUGUUUUGUAUCUCAGGAGAGAGACGCUCAACCCAACUUGGCCAUCUCUUUGACUGGGCAUCUGGACGGACUUCACUACAAGCCCUGCAGGUAUUAACGUUAAUCUCUCAGCAAUCAGUUCUGUUUACACAGUCUGUGCAAGCAUUUGAUGGAGGAAACAUUGGCAUCCCAAAUAGGUUGUUUUGGACAAUGGAUAUUCUGCUCAACAUGAAUAAAUGGCCUUUGUACAUUUUCAUUGCACUGCAUUUGGGCAU